CCGGAGCGCGUCACCCCUAUCGCUGCGGUGGUCGCCCUGUCCUACGGGCCCGCUCUGUGUGCUGCGGCCGCCGCGGCACCAUGACUGUGUUUUUCGUGCUCCUGUCCUUGUUGGUGGCGGGCAUUUUGGGGAACGAGUUUAGUAUACUAAAAUCACCAGGUUCUGUUGUUUUCCGAAAUGGAAAUUGGCCUAUUCCAGGAGAGCGAAUCCCAGACGUGGCUGCCUUGUCCAUGGGCUUCUCAGUGAAAGAUGACCUUUCUUGGCCGGGACUCGCAGUGGGAAACCUGUUCCGCCGUCCUCGGGCCACUGUGAUGGUGAUGGUGAAGGGAGUGGACAGACUGGCUCUGCCUCUGGGCAGUGUCAUUUCAUAUCCUUUGGAGAAUGCAGUUCCCUUUAGUCUUGACAGCGUUGCAAACUCCAUUCACUCCUUGUUUUCUGAGGAAACUCCUGUAGUUUUGCAGUUGGCUCCCAGUGAGGAAAGAGUGUAUAUGGUUGGGAAGGCAAACUCCGUCUUUGAAGACCUUUCUGUCACCUUACGACAGCUCCGCAAUCGCCUGUUUCAAGAAAACUCCGUUCUCAAUUCGCUUCCCCUCAAUUCUCUGAGCAGAAACAAUGAAGUUGACCUGCUGUUUCUUUCUGAACUGCAAGUGCUACAUGAUAUUUCAAGUUUGUUGUCUCGCCAUAAGCAUCUAGCCAAGGAUCAUUCUCCUGAUUUAUAUUCACUGGAGCUGGCAGGUUUGGAUGAAAUUGGGAAACGUUAUGGGGAAGACUCUGAACAAUUCAGAGAUGCUUCUAAGAUUCUUGUCGAUGCUCUGCAGAAGUUUGCAGAUGACAUGUACAGUCUUUAUGGCGGGAAUGCAGUGGUAGAAUUAGUGACUGUCAAGUCAUUUGACAUGUCCCUUGUGAGGAAGACAAGGACUAUCCUUGAGGCAAAACAAGCGAAGAACCCAGCAAGUCCCUAUAACCUUGCCUAUAAAUAUAAUUUUGAGUAUCCUGUGGUUUUCAAUAUGGUACUUUGGAUAAUGAUCGCCUUGACCUUGGCUGUGAUUGUCACCUCUUACAACAUUUGGAACAUGGAUCCUGGAUAUGACAGCAUCAUUUAUAGGAUGACGAACCAGAAGAUUCGAAUGGAUUGAACUUUCCUGAUGCCAAACUUAGAAAAGGAGUUUGGAAAUUGGCCGUUUUCUUAAAAUCUAUCGUUUAGUGUGGUUUAAGUAGAUAGUAUAAAUUUAUAAAAAAAAACAAUUUUUGUUCUCUAUUUUGUGUGUGCCUGUGAUGUUUUUUUAGAGUGAAUUACCGUAUUGAUGUGAAUCAAAUCGUGAUAUAGAUUCCAUAAUAUGCUCAAAUAUUAUUAUAUAAUCAUUGAUAACAUAAUUUCAUUCCAUUUAAUAAAUUUGGAAAUAUGCACUGAAAGAGAUGUAAAACACUUAGAGUAGCUUGUGUUAUUUAUGUUGGAAAGAUGCACUGAAUAUCAGCGAAACUUAUGAAUUACACAGGAUAGGUGAAAACCAUGUUUGGGCUGUUGUAUACUAUGAACCAUUUGUAAAUGUCUUAACUUGAUGUAAAUAUCUCUGAAAGAAGAGAAAAGGUUUUUAACUUAGAGCAGUCCAUACAGAUGUGCUUAUACAAUCGCUUAGUUUUAGAACUGUAUCUGAUUGACAGAGGAUAGCUGUUUUGUAACUCUUCUGCAGGUCUGGUGAUCCAUACGGUCUAGUAUGGAUACUAAAAAUACUACAUUGAUCUAAGAAGAAACUAGCUUUGUGCAGUAGAGAUGCUUGUAAUUAUACACAUAGAAGCAAAUCUUUGGGGAACACCUUGAGGCAUGAGUAUAAAAUAUGCUUGUUUCAGAACUUAACCCCUGUGUAAGUUACUGUGGUUUGUGGUACAACUUCAUUCCCUAGAGUAUUAAGUGGCAGUGGAUGAAUUCUGCUUUUCAUAUGGAAGUGGACCAAUGUCUAUUAAGAGUGACAAAUAAAGUUAAUAGUGAUUC